AAGAGAGGUAUAGUUGGGGGGAUAAGUAUAGGCCAAAAGCGUUGGAGGAUUUUAUAUGCAAUAAAAAAAGGGCAAUGGAAUUGAAGGAAAUGGUAAAGGAAAAAGGAAGUGGGCGUUAUUAUAUAUUUGAAGGGGCGCCUGGAGUUGGGAAAAGGACUAUGAUUCAAGCUAUGCUUCGUCAAGCUUUUCGACAUCAACCAAUAAUGGAGAUCAAGGAAGUUGUCAAGGUUUUUGACUUCAAGAGUGAAAUGUUGGGAAGCAUAGAAGUAAAGGUGAAAGAAUCAUCUCAUUACGUGGAAGUCAAUAUGUCACAAACCAAAGGCUUUGAGAAACAAGUCAUCGUCCAGCUCAUGAAAGAAUCCCAGUCUCCUUUGCCAUGUAAUCAUGCCAAUUGUCGAGGGAUUGUAUUAUGUGAAGCAGAUCAGCUAUCAAAUGAAACUUUAAUGUAUGUAAAAUGGGCGAUUGAAAGGAACAAAGGUUGCAGCAAAAUUUUCUUCUGUUGUUCCGAUGCCUCUAAGCUUCUACUUCUUAGCUCUCUCUGCACUUUUGUUCACCUCUCCCCUCCUUCACAACAAGAGAUCGUAGAAGUGUUGGGGUUCAUAGCAAAACAACAAGGAUUCGACUUGUCGAAGCGAUUGGCAGAGAGAAUUGCGGACAAUUCCAAGAACAACCUCCGACAAGCCAUUCGAUCCUUAGAGGCUUCCUGGAAAAAAAGUCAAUUGUUUGAAGAAGAUGAGAAUAAAUUAUUGACGGGUUGGGAAGAUGAUAUUGCAGAUGUUGCUAAGAAGAUAGUCGAAGAGCAAAGCCCAAAACAGUAAUUAACUAUAUAUAUAUAUCACCAUUCAUUUUUAUUACCAAUUUUUUCUUCAAGUUUAUUUGAUUUUAAUUAAUUUCUAAUGAAGUUCAUAUCUCUUA